UAGUCCUACGCGUUGUCGCUAUGCUUCACUUCUUUGGAUUUAUUGAUUAAAAAAAACUCUUUGAAUCUGCAGAAAAUGUCUGGUGGUGAAAACUUUGGUUUUAAUAAUGCUGUAUUCUUAUCGGAACGUGAAGCAGCCGAUCGAAAUUAUGCAUUGGGCUUCUAUAUGCGUGAGAACAAAUGCUUCCCAGAGAACUGUAAUUUACGCCAGGCAAUGGAUUUUUAUUUUCAAUGUUGCUCCAUGGAAGCGAACUGCGAUACAAUGUCAGUAAUCGCAGCAACCCUGGCAAACGGCGGAAUCUGUCCAUUUUCCGAGGAGAAGGUGUUCCGCCCAGACGUUGUUCGUGACGUGUUGUCUUUGAUGCACUCAUGUGGCAUGUACGAUUAUUCUGGUCAAUUUGCGUUCAAAGUGGGUGUCCCGGCGAAAUCGGGUGUAUGUGGUGGAAUGUUGGUUGUUAUUCCGAAUGUAAUGGGCAUAUUUACAUGGUCACCACCGCUUGAUCCAUUGGGGAAUAGCUGUCGUGGUGUUCAAUUUUGCGAAGAAUUGGUGAACGGUUUUAAUUUCCAUCCAUAUGAUAAUCUCAAACAUGCCAGCCAUAAAAAAGACCCGCGUCGUCAUAGAUACGAGACCAAGGGUCUUUCGAUUGUGAAUCUUCUGUUCUCGGCGGCAAGCGGUGAUGUAACAGCGUUGCGUCGACACAAACUGUCUGGCAUGGAUAUAACGCUCUCUGAUUACGAUGGACGUACAGCAUUACAUCUGGCGGCGUCUGAAGGACACUUGGAAUGUGUACAAUUUUUAUUGGAACAAUGCAACGUUCCAUUCGAUCCAAAAGACCGAUGGGGCAAUAUGCCAAUCGAUGAAGCCGAAACAUUUGGCCAUCAAGAGGUUGUGGAUUAUCUGCGCAAUUGGCAGAAUAAGCCGCGCGAUUCGAACAAAUCGGAUUCCGGCACCUCGGAAAAUAGCACAAGAUCUGCAUCACCAUACAGCUCCGAAUCGUUUCCAACACACCCAAGUCAUACAUCUCCGUUGCCAUAAACGCAACGAUGCACGGUCACGAAUGGCUCCAAAAAAGAAUGAAUCAUUCCAUUUACAAAUUUAAAACCCCAAAUGUUAAAUGUGUUUUUGAUUAUAGAUAUUUAAGUCAAAGCAAUCAAUGGACAAUAAUUGUUGGCAUAACUCAUAGACAAUUUAAUUACUUACUGAAGCAAUGGUUAUUAUACUUGUAUGAAUUAUCUGUGGUUUAUUCGGUACUUGUUACGUACCACGAGAGAAACUGGAAUCAAUAAACCUCAUUUUGAAUUUUGAUCUUAUAGCUAGCUUAUACCUAGUCAUCGUAGUUUGAAUUUCAAUUCUAAACAAAUAAUAAAACAAAAUUAAAACGCUAAAAA